AUGAACGGCUACCCCUACCCCUCGCGGCCCUUCCCGGCCAACUCCAACGGGCCCGGCAUCAUGGCCAUGGGCCCGGACGCCAUGGACACGUACGACGCCCAGGAGAGCCAGUCGCUCGACGACAUCGUCUCGCAGAACAACAAGGCGAACCGCCGCCAGAGCAUCCCCGUCUACGCCCGCGCCCAGCACCAGCACAUGCAUCUGCAGAGCCCCGAGUCGCGCCGCCUGUCCAUGCUCAGCUUCGGCGACCCCAAUGCCCGCGACAUGGACGGCUUCCAGUUCGACAUGUCGCCCUCGACGGCCAUGGACGGCAUGAUGCGCACCUCGACGUCGUUCCCGCGCACCGCCUCCGCCAUGCACAACCCGCGCAACACCCCCGCCGGCCUGGCCAUCAACACGCAGUUCGCAAACAACACGUCCCCGUACGGCGCCAUGCCCGCCCCGCCCUCCGCCUACGCCUCGCCCAUGCACCCCGACGUGGCCCUGGACAUGGACAUGAGCCCCUACCCUACCAACAUGAACAUGCCGCUCGACAUGGACGACUCGCUCAACAUGAUGCCCGCCGACAUGAACAUGUACCAGAACAACCAGUUCAACUCGCCCAUGAUGGGCUCGCCGCUCAACCCCGACGUCGUGAGGCCCAUGCCCGUCCCCCGCCAAGACGCCAACAUGUCUGCCAUGCAGCCUCGCGACCGCUUCAAGAGCGAAUCGCAGAGCGCCACCCCCGAGGCGCGAUCGGUAUCAGGGCCCCCUGCGCAUCUGAGUCGCUCCAGCAGUCAGGACCAGAGCAGCAUAUGCUCCACGUCCAGGCCGCAGAGCGUGCAGCACUCGUCCUCCAAGGGCGCCGAUUUCCCCACGCAGAUGAGCAUUACCUCGCUCAAGAACCAGCAGCCGGUAGCCCAGAACCCAGAGAUCGACCUCCCGCGCGACAAGCUCGACAAGCUCCAAAAUCUCGUCAACAACAACCUCCCCUGGGCCACGCCCCAAGGCGGAUUUCCUUCCACCAUGAACUCGAACCCGCACAUGAAGACGCAGUUUAAGAACGCAUAUUCGUCGACGGGCUUUGACAUGCUUGGCGUGCUUAUACGCGUAGCUACAAGACAGAAUCCCCAGAUCGACAUUGGCUCGGUAGAUCUGUCGUGUGCUUUCGUAGUGUGCGACGCCAGCAUGGACGACGUUCCCAUCGUGUACUGCUCUGAUAACUUUGAGCGUCUUACGGGCUACACCAAGCACAUGAUCUUGGGCAGAAACUGCCGCUUCCUUCAAUCGCCCGACGGGAAAGUCGAGUCUGGCGUCAAACGCAAGUAUGUCGACGACGACUCGGUCCUGUACUUGAAGAACACCAUCACCGCUCGGACAGAAGCGCAGAUCAGCCUGAUCAACUACAGGAGGGGCGGGCAGCCGUUCAUGAAUCUGCUGACCAUGAUACCCAUUCCUUGGGAGCCAGGGGGGCCUAUCAAGUUCUUCGUUGGGUUUCAGGUCGAUCUUGUGGAACAGCCGGGAGCUAUGACCAACAAGAACGCAGACGGAUCGUUCAGGGUUAACUACCAACGCGGCAUGUCCAUGCCAAGUUACGUCUUUAAUGAUGUGCAGAAGCCGAUGCCAGAGCAGGGACAGACCAUCUCCAAGGAUGAGGUCUCCAACGUGCUUGCUACCUAUGGUGGCUCCGGAGACUCGGAAAUCACGCGACGCAUCUGGGACAAGGUUCUGCUUGAAAACACCGAUGACGUCGUUCAUGUCCUGUCCCUCAAAGGACUCUUCAUGUAUCUAUCGCCAUCUAGCAACAGGAUACUCGAGUACGAGCCCAGUGAACUCAUUGGCACCGCUUUGUCGUCUGUCUGCCAUCCUAGCGACAUCGUUCCAGUCACGCGAGAACUCAAGGAGACGUCGAAUGGUGGAUCGGUCAAUGUGGUGUUCCGCAUACGACGAAAGAAGAGUGGAUACAUGUGGUUCGAAGGUCACGGUUCAUUGCACACCGAGCAAGGCAAAGGUCGCAAGUGCAUCAUCUUGGUAGGUCGCGAACGUCCGGUGUACACACUCAGCAAGGCCAUUGUCCGUGAGUCCGGCGGUAUUGGAGACAACGAGUUAUGGACCAAGAUGUCAACAUCCGGCAUGUUCUUGUUUGUCUCGUCCAACGUUCGCCAACUACUAGAUAAACAACCUGAAGAUCUUGUCGGAACUAGUAUUCAGGCGCUUAUGCGGCAAGAGUCCAAGGUCAACUUUGGGCGCAUCCUGGAGCUUGCAAGAGGUGGAAGAAAAGGCGAAGUCAAGCACGAAAUGAUCAACAAAAGAGGACAGGUCCUACAGGCCUUCACCACAAUCUACCCUGGAGACGCCACCGAGGGCCAAAAACCGACCUUUGUCGUUGGGCAAACGCGAUUAUUGAAGUACUCAAGAAACAGCACCAAUAGUCGGCCGUCGAUGUAUACCACCAAGGAUCGCAACGCGGGAGGCUCUCAAAAUCCAGCGUCUACAGUCUUUUCUGGUGCCUCCCCAAUGCAUGGGUCUGCGUCUGGACAGAACACGCCAGUAACUGCCUCGACCGAUGCUCGUUUCGUUACCACCGAAGAAUGCCCAGCUACGUAUGCUGGUCAUAACGGCUUACGGCUUGGACACCAAGACCAGACACUCGCCUCCGAUGACAACGUGUUCGACGAGCUCAAGACUACACGAAGCACGAGCUGGCAAUAUGAACUACGGCAAAUGGAAAAGCGCAAUCGUUAUCUGGCAGAGGAAGUGCAAACCUUACUCGCAGCUAAAAAGAAGAGAAAGCGCAGAAAGGGUACUGGACAGAUGCAGAAAGACUGUGCAAACUGCCAUACACGAACCACGCCUGAAUGGCGUAGAGGUCCUUCUGGGAAGCGGGAUUUAUGCAAUUCAUGUGGAUUGCGAUGGGCCAAGCAGCAAGGUCGGGUGUCGCCGCGAACCUCUUCUGCAGCCAGCGACAAGAGCAGAAAGAGCGCCUCGCCACGCCACUACCCGAACCAUCAAACCCUCAUGCCCAAUGUCAUAUCUGAGACCGGCCAAACGUCGUCCAUUCCGUCCACACUUGCGCCUCCGAGCAAACGGUCUCCUGAACAAGGGGGUAUUGGCGACAUACACGCGGCAAAAGCUGCUCGUCUAGAGGCUGCUGCGUCGCAGGGCUUCAUCCCUCAGCCGAAGAUCGACGAGGGUAUCGAACCGCUUGACGAGUGA